AACCAUUUGAACCAUUGGAUCUGUGCGCAGAUUUCAAAUGUGGCGUUGAAAUCUGUUUUGUAUAUUUGGUUCUGGAGUUUUCCUAAAUAUGAGUAAUUUCGCUUCCUCUGCAUUUUCUUGUGCUUUUAAAAGCUGGAAGACACACGGACGUGCAUUGUUAAUUGUUUCCCGCUAUGGAAAUAAUUCGUGGAAUACGUACGAAAAUCUAACACUCUCACGGGUUUCAGAGGUUGAUGUUCACGAAGAUUGCAUUAUUUCGGGGCAUUGCAAAACGACCGAAUGCCGCAAAAGUAGUAAAAGUCAAAACCCAGGGGGACCUCUAGAAGGGAAUGGUUCCUUCAACUCUGCUAAUGUGAACCAUCAUAGUAUCGGUUCUAAGGAACGUCUUGGUGGUGCUGGAGGAGGAGGCUCUGGAAAUGGCACUGGCUCUUUCAUAAGGUGUAACAAAUGUGGUGGUCCUUUAAAAUCUCUUGAUCCAAAAGCAUCAUAUAUAUCACGUUUCAUGGAGUGUGAAGCAUGUGAACAACUCUACGAACUAACAGAUAAGAGUGAUCUCCCAUCAUUUAGCAAUGUAGACGAAAACCGACCUCUUUCACUCGUUAGUCCUAAGGAGAUACAUCAAUACCUAGAUCGCUAUGUAGUAGGUCAAGAUAAAGCCAAAAAAAUUCUUGCUGUCCAAGUAUAUGCUCAUUACAAUCGUAUACAGUAUAAUCGGUCACUGGCUACCUCGGAAGAUAAUGGAUUUAAUUCAAAUAAUUUAAACUCAGGGACAAAUGAAGCCAAAUCCACUGUAAAUAAUCAUUAUUCCCCAAAUGAAUUUUCGGGUACACGUUCUUGUACACCUGUAAAUUAUCAGAGCAGUUUAAGUCAACCCUCUGUAUCAGAAUUAUUUAAUUUGUCACGCAAUAGUUCACUAAGUUCAUCGAAAAAUCCAUUUACACAUGGAGACAGUUCAACAAAUUCAUUUCCAUUUCCAAUUACUUUAGAAAAUUUAUCUGAUAUGAAGGAUGAUCGAGAAAAACGUCGUGCUUCACGGAUUCUUAAAGAUGAUGUUGAUCGUCCAUUAAAAUUGGAAAAAAGCAACAUUAUAUUGUUAGGCUCGACAGGUUCAGGCAAAACACUGUUGGCUCAAACUUUGGCUAACUAUUUAAACGUACCUUUUGCUCUUUAUGAUUGUACAAGUAUAACCCAAGCUGGUUAUGUUGGUGAAGAUGUUGAAUCAACCAUUGGUAGAUUAUUACAAAAUGCGAAUUUCAAUGUGGAACUUGCUCAACAAGGUAUAGUGGUUCUAGAUGAAAUAGACAAAAUAAGCUCUAAAACUGGACAUCAUCAUGCUGCACGAGAUGUCAGUGGUGAAGGUGUUCAACAGGCUAUGUUAAAACUGUUAGAAGGUUCAGUUGUUAACGUACCUGAUGUCAAAAGUCCGCGUAAAUUACGUGGUGAAACUUUUCUAGUGGAUACAACCAACAUACUUUUUAUAGCCUGUGGUGCAUUCAAUGGACUUGACAAGAUAAUUAGUCGACGAAAACAUAAAAAGACUAUUGGAUUUGAUAUGUUGACAUCUUUGAAUGAAUCGACUACACAAGAUAAUUGCACUUCAUCAGUCAAUCAAAAUGCGACAGAUUUUGUAAAUUUAUUUCAAAAUUUUGAAAGUUCAGCUCAUGAAGAAAAUGCUGAACGUGAUAAAUUAUUGCAAGAAGUUGAAGCUAAUGAUCUUAUUACUUAUGGAAUGAUACCGGAAUUUGUUGGUCGUUUCCCUAUAAUUACUGCUCUACAUUCAUUAAAUGAAGAAAUGCUUGUUCGUGUUCUUACAGAACCACGUAAUGCACUGAUAAAACAAUAUCAAUUACUUUUUAAUAUUGAUGGUUGUGAACUAAGAGUCACUCCUGACGCUUUAAAAGCUAUUGCUCGAUUGGCAUUAAGUCAACAUACAGGAGCUCGAGGUCUUCGUUCAGUCUUGGGACAUCAAAUAUAUAUGUGCCACACAAUAAAAGGAGGUUGUGAAGUGAUGGAGAAAGGAAGGAAAAUCUACUCUUGCAGCCACGUUACGAUGUUCCAGGAUCGGAUAUAUCAACUGUAGUUCUUACUGAAGGUGCUGUACUCGGUCAUUCCCCACCAGAAUAUCAUAGACUUGUAUCUCCUGUUUCGUCAGUCGUUUCAUGAUCUGUUUUAUCAUCCCACUCUUAUGAUAAUAAUAAUAAUAAUAAUAAUAAUAAUAAUAAUAGCUGUUGUUUAUGGAUGUGUAUUCCAAAGCACAUACACCACAGACACAAAUAUCUAUUGUGACUUACCUUUCGUGUUUAUUCUUUUAUUCAGAUUUUGUUAUGAGUAAAAUACCGUUAUUAUUAUUAUUAUCUGUCUAAGCAGUCAGUCAUUGACGAUCGUAAUGAUGAUCGGCUUGAAUUAUAGGAGAAUGGUUUGUAUGAUUAACAGAAGAUAAUUCAGUUAUGUUUACUUUUAUUUACCGUGCUCAGAUUUAUUUUUUAUCCUUCUUGGUGUUUUUUUUUUGUGUUUUCGUGUAUUCUGGCUAAUUUCUCACGUGAACACAUUUCAAUAAAUACAUUAGUAUAUUCUAUAUUCUCAAUUUAUUUAUCUCAUUCUAGUUAAAUUAAUUCUGUACAUUUGAAGAAGUAUAUGUUAGCAACCAUUACUUAUUAAUAGUGUUCAGUUUUAUUGCAUUCUAAUGUAUACAUAUGUUUGGAUUUGUGCCUAUUAUUCAAAGCAAUAUUAGUUUUUGUUGGUCUAUUUCAAAUCAUUUCUAACACGAUGUCAAUUUGUGAUGUUACUGUCUUUUUCUAUGAUAGUUAUUGAUCUACUUCAUGAUGAAAGCUAAUGCAAUACAAUCCAUUGAAAUAAGGAGGAUGUAAAAAAAUUUGUAUGAAUUCAGUAGUUAAUAGACAAAUUGUUUGUUCCAAUUUAUUGCUAUUAUUAUUAUUUCAAUUUGGUUCCAUUCAUCUUGUUUUCCCAUGGAAAAUUAUUUAUCUCUGGUAAAAUACAUUUGUUAUAUUGUUAUUGUUGUUGUCGUCAUUAUAGCUUUUGUCUUUCUCAACCUCGAUCCUUGAUACAUUAUGACCAAUAUUGAAGAGUUUUCUUUUGUUAACUAGGGUUUGAUAUUGUUUUCCUUAAAAUGUUAACAUUUGAAUUUUCUAUAGUUCACUGGGACUUAGACAUACGUCUUUAUACGCCAAACUUGAGUGGUAGAAUUUUUAUAGACUAAUCUGUUCUGCAUGAGAUAUCGUAGUUUAUAGAGCCUUUUUAUUGUGUAAUACUGUACAUAAUCGACGAUUCGUUUAAUUGAAGUUUCCGUACUAAGUUGUCAGGAUUGCUUGAGGUUUGAAGACCAUUACUUUUAAAUUAAACAAGUCUGUCUAUACGGAUAGUUUGUUUGAACAAUGUUAUCUAAGUGGCCGCAUAUUAAACUCUGAUAAAUUCAUCAGUGUAGAAUGUAACAUGUAGAUUAAGAAAUACAUAGACUUUGGUGUCUCAGAUAUUCAAUAUAAUAGCUGAAUAGUCUCAUUAAACUACUAUCCGAAUGUAUGUAGCGAACAACCAUUAUAUUAAUAUACUAACCAAAGUGCUUUUGUAAUGAUCAACUAAAUUUUAGAGUCUAUUUAUCUAGGUGUUUCCAAAUACAUUUUUUGACAGAAGACAGUUUAAUUCUUCUCAUAAAGUCAGUAUACAAUCUUUUUUAAUGAAAAACUUCAUUAUUACUGAAUCUUCCACUUCACUUUUUUAGGCUAGUCAUUUUCAACCACAUACUUGCUAAGGUGUUCUCAAGAAUAGUUAAAUUCUAUUAGAAAGGCUAAGAUGUCUUGAACGAUAACCGCUCGCAUACUUUCUGCCAUUUUGAUUUUCCGCACGACGUUUGCCCUCUGAUUGGUUGUCAUGUUUUGCUACUAUAGUAACAACCCUUGUACCAGUUUCAUUUAAGUUGCUUGCUCUACCACAAAUAUCAAGUUGCCUGCAA